GAAGAACAUGAAAUGUGCCUUCACAAGUACAAAAGGUGGCUUACUUGAGGCGGAUAGCAGAUCGAUUCAAGUGAAAAUCAAUACUGGCGAGUUAAACUUCGAGAUCGAUAGCCAUGACUUCUGUGGAUCACCAAGGUGGUAAGCGAUUUGGGCAAUUGAAGAAGCAACAAGAACAAACUCUAGACGAGAUCAACCAGAGCUUUAAAAAUUCUGGGGAUUACGAUGACGAAGARGAUUAUCCAGAUCUCGAUGGAAAACUUGAAAGUUAUAAAAAGCAAUUCAUGGAGUUUGACCUUGAUAAUUCCGGAGACAUUGAUAUCAUGGAAUUGAAGAAAAUGAUGCCAGAGAAAAACGCGGAAUUGAAGAAAAUGAUGGAAAAACUUGGUCAGGCUAAGACACAUCUGGAACUUAAAAAAAUGAUAGCUGAGGUUGAUACAACAAACUCUGGGACCAUCAGUUACAAUGAAUUCCUCACAAUGAUGUUGGGCAAAAAAUCCUCAGUUCUCAAGUUGAUUUUGUUGUUCGAGGAGAAGAAGAAGGAAAAGGAAAAACCGAAAGGCGUGGCACCCAAGAGAGAUUUGUCAAGUCUUCCUUGAGGACGGAAUCUUCAUUUUUUAUUAAGCAAAAAAGCCAUUACAAUCCGGUUACCAAUGUUUUAUCUUGAAUGAUUGAAUGAGUGCCAGCUUUUUUCAGCUUUUAAAAUUUUAAAAUAUUUCAACAUACGUAUUCUUAGGCGUUGUCUUUUGCUUUUGUUUGAUUGUUUGUUUGUUUGUUUUCAUCCAGAUGGUAGGAAUACUGAUUUCAUAAUUACGAGAAAGAUAUUUUUAUAGGAAAAAAUCAGCAUAUUUAAGUUUUUAUCGCCUUUCAUGCUCCUAAGAACGCUUUAUAAUUUUCAUAAAAUAAAAAAUAUUUCUAUCAA